CAAUUGUUCAAGUCGGUUCCAAGAUUUGUAAGAAAAAAAAGAAAUCUUCUUCAUCGCAAAACUUACAAUCUAGUUCAAAAUGAUUUUAAAUAUUGUGAUUUUUACAAUCUUUCUAAACCAGAUUAACGCUGAACUUGAUCCAAACUCAAAAGUCGUUACGAUUGAUUUAAAGAUUCCAGAAAAUUACGCUAUAACUUAUCCAACAACAACAAAUUUGAGAGAUUCAAGAAUUCUUCAUGGAAGUUCAGCAGCUAAUGGUCAAUUUCCAUUUGCAGCCUUUUUGCAUAUUCAACGAGGAGGUUCAUUAACGCAUUGUACGGGAUCGUUGAUUUCUAGUAAUUGGAUUAUUACGGCUAGGUCUUGUUUUGUAAUCAACCCAAACUUACCAGCUGACAGUCUCUUAGCAUUUCUCGGAUCAAAUGACAUGCAAAGUGCUUCAAUGGUCAAUUCCUUUGCGAACAGAGGUGCUUAUUUCAACAACGAUAAUGGAAUUAAUCCAAAUAUUGCAUUAUUCAGACUUUCUAUUGACAUGCCGACAACUAGCUUCAUUAGAACGAUCAGAUUGCCGAGAUUAGUUAAUGAAAAUUUUGGAUUUGAUGACUUUAAUACCACAACUAUUGGAUGGGGCAGACAAGCCAACAAUUUAUUCCCACGACUCCUUCAAUUUGCCAGCUUUCGCAUCCUAGGCGUGCAUUUAUGCUUUUGGAAUACGAACUUCCCAACAUUUGACUUUUGCAGUCAACAUCAAACAUUAGUGUCUAUGACAGACACAGAACGAGAUAUUGGUGGUGCAUCAGUGAUUUUUGAAGGCGAUGGUCAAAUGACAUUGAUUGGAAUCACUUCUGCAGUCAUGAAUUUGCCUAAUGGACUAGCUGUGAGUUCUGUUCGUGUUUCGAGCUUUUUGAGGUUUAUCAAUGAACAUACUGGAAUACCUUUUAGAUAGGAUAAGGAAGGAUGGUUGGAAUUUUGAGGACC